GCAGCCAUUAUGGCCGGCGCGGCAGCCCAACGAUUGGAAGAAGCCCAAGCCAGCCCCAGAAAUAUCAAGAAUUUACUAAAUCAAGCAAGAAGCCCGGAGGGCAGCGGCUGGGAGGGCUUCCGCAGUGUCCUUGAGGAGCUAGAGCCAACGCGGUCGCCGCCGUCGUCGACGGAAGACGACGCGUCGGCCUCGGACUCGGACGACGACGGCGAGGCCGCGGCCUGGUGGCGCCGCGAGCACGGCGCCGCCGCCGUCGACGCCCCGGCGCCGGCGGCCCGGAACCGGCCGGCCGCGGCCGACCGCCAGGACGACGCGCGCUGGGAGGGUCCCUUCGACGGUGGUGACCGCCAACCGCAACGACGACGGCCGCCACCAUCGUCAAAGCGGAAGACGCUCUACGACGUCCUCGGCGUCUCUAUCAAAGCGCCCCGCUCGGACGUCAAGGCGGCCUACCGCGCGCUCGCCCUGCGGCUCCACCCGGACAAGUGCGCCUCGCCAACGGCGAACGAGCGCUUCAAGGCGGUCCAGGAGGCCUACGCGACGCUCGGCGACCGGUCGAGGCGCGCGGCGUAUGACGCGUCGCUCUAA